AAGUGAAACUUUCCAUAUAAAACGCAAGUCCUGCGCGCCCUCUUGUAUCAAAGCCACCCACAUCGUUUGAAUUAGUUUGGUGGAACAUUAAGAACCCUAGUUUUCCCUCCCAAAGAAAUCACCGCCCCACCGCUUUCGACCGGACUCCGAACCCUGUAUCCAUCCCUAAUCUUUGGAUCCUUGCGCCUGGGUCUCCAUGGAUCCCGGCGAGGGGAGGGAGCUCCCGAGCGCCGGCGACGAGGAAACGAUCGCGAGGAAGAAGUCCCGCCGGGUGAGCUUUGCCGACAUCACCGCUAUCCAUGUCUUCGACCGCGACGACGACUACGAGACUCCGCCGGACUCGAGGCAGGUCUCCGCCGAUGGAGGCGCGGACGUGGAGGCGGUAGGGUUCCACGAGGGUGUCCCUGACAGCGACGGUUCCAAGGGGUCGCUCCGUGGGCGAGAGGAUGAAGACGAUGACGAGAACGAAGAGGACGAUGAGGACGACGGCGACCAGGAGCGGUUCGUUAGGGAUAUGGAUUCUUCUUCGCCUGGAAGCGCCGUCGGUUCCGUGACCUCUUAUGAUGAUGAUAAUUUCUUUGGGCCCGUGUCGACAAGUUUUAUUGGAUCAGGGAGGCUAUCUGAGGCAGGAAUGUCAGAUGAUACCAAUCAUGAUGUUACACUGGAUUCAACAGCAUUUUCGUUGCACUUUCGUAAUAUUGCCCUGGCGGAUGACUGCACUGCUGACUCAAUGAGAAGCAUGAGGACACCAACCGGAGAUGCAACAACUGCUGAUGCUGCAAGCAUCAUUGUCCCAACAGGAUCUAAGAAUCCAUUUCUUGGCAGCAAGCUUUUUGCUGGAAAUCUAAGUGGAAGUGUGGGUGGAUCAAGUAAUAUGAGUCUGAUUGAAGAAAAAUCAAGCAAAUAUGACUAUGGGAAAUUAUCAUCCACUUUGGUAAAUCUGCUAGAUCAAGUGAACAGAAGCAUACAGACCAGAUCUCCAAAAAGUGCCAAUAAGGUCAUAGCAUCUGAUUCUCAUUUAAGUAAGGUAUCAGGAGCAAAAGAAUCUGGGGAGAAUGAAACACGUAUACGUAAAGCAGCUGGACUCAAUGCAACUGGCGAUUGUCCUCUCGACUCACAUCUCUUGGAAGGAUCUGCUAAGGACACUACCACCGAACAGAUUGUUAAUAGCAAUGCUCCUGAAGAAAAUAUUCAUUUGGAUCAUUCCAUCAGCAAAACGGCCGAGGGAAGGGUUACCACUUUUGGAAAGGACAGUCAUAAAGAUGCUAAUGAAGUAACACAGUCUGGCAUCGAUGUUACUUCUCGGAAUAUUAACUUGCUCGUACCUCUGCAUAAAGGAUCUAGAAGCAAAUCUACCAUGCAAUCUGAUCAUGUGCACCGGGCACUGCACAAAAAUCAACAAAGCGGAAAUAACUACCCUUCAUCUGUUUCCUCUCAGUCUACUGCAAGAAUUCCAGCAUCAGCUAUUGCAAGUAGUCGAGAACAUAGUCUAGAAGCUGAAGGUGGAAUGCAUACUCCCAAAAGUUCUCUUCAGCCCUUUCAGGCUUUAUUGCAAGGAUCUGUCUCCUCUUUACGUGCUAAGCGGCAACAACUUUUUCUUAGUCCAGUAAAAGAACAACCUCCUUCCUCCUUGGAGUCAGAACUCACAAGACAUGGUGAGAGAAUUUCAGCUAUUAAGAAUCACAUUUCAAAAUUCAGAACUCUUGAAGCACCAGAUCUUGAUAAUUUCCAAUUAGGAGUGUCACGGAAGGGUCAUGUGCCCCUGGACCUUGAAGGCAUGUUUAAAAAGGAGGCUGAUAUUUCAGUAGUAAAAUGCAGCAGUGACCCUGUUAUUAACAUGGAAGACAGUCUUCUAAAUUCUGUUCAAAAGACCAGAGCUAAGGCACACAAUGUUGAUGCAAAACAUUUAGGGUUUGCAGGCCUAGAUGAUGCUAGAGAGUCAACACCAAGAAAGGCAGAUGAUGCUGUGACUCUAAGUGACCUUUCCUUCCAUUUGUCCGGGUCAGAAACUAACAUGCUGCAAAGUUCAUUAAUUUCUAAUGACCUUGCCAAAAAGGCCUCUGACCCUGAUGCCCAUGAUGUUUCACAAAGAGAGAAAAUCAAGUUCAAGGAAAGCUGUCAGCCUCUAAAUACUUCCUCUGAGGUGGAUCAUCUGGAUCACUCUUUUGUUCAAGAUUCAUUGCCAGCUGAUGGUGAUUUAGUUGGAAAGAAAAGGAGAAUUGAACAGUCUCUUGUCAUGGAUGAAAGCCACAUCAGUAAAAUUAGCAGGACAGAAAAGAGUCCUAUCUUUUCAAGUGAACCAGUGGCAACUAAACCUAUGAUACAUUUAGCUCAUCCUUCAGAAAUUAUUGAUCAAUCCCUUGAAACUGGUGGCCAGCGAACAGCAGUGCACUGGUCCGAUAUAUUCUCUAAAGUGUCUGAUGCCAAAAAAUUAGUAUUUUCUCCAAUUAUUCAUAAACUUGCUUUGCAAGAGCUGGACAUCUUGGAGGAUAUGUUGGGUGAGCUGCAAGUGGCUAGAAAAUAUCUGAAGAUUUCUUCUUCUUUGAGGAACAAUGAUCACUUGGAUGACUUGCACCGACAGAGAGUUACUGAAGCAUGGUUUUUGCAAGAUAAGUUUUUAUAUGAACAAGCCAAAAUGCAGAUAAAGCGUGCCAAGUUGGAUCAACUACGUGGUAAAGCUCACUCAAUUCAGUCGGGACUUAAGGAAUGUAAUAGUCUUAAAUCAAUGUUUUCACAGCUCUGUCUUCAGAAUACAAGAUGUGUACAGAAUAAGGAGAAUCAAGUUCACUCUGUUUCAUCUAUUACUAGUUGCCGAAAUAAGGAAGCAGAUGAAAGGAUGGCAUCAAUGAGACAAGAGCUAAAAAUGCUGGAACAGAAGGAGGAUCACUUGUUGAAGUCGCUUGGAGUUUGUUGCAAGAUAAAAGGAAAUAUGAGCACCGAUGGAAUUACUAAAGUUGCUAAUGAACGUUUAGAAAUGCGGAACCGUAUUAAUAUCAUUCAUCAACAGUCACGGCUUUGGGAAUUAAGCAACACAGUGAAAAGGGAUAAUAAACAUGAUAUUGUGCUUAAUUAUUGCAAUUUCCUCUUUCAAAGGUUUACUAUUGAUUCCUGUCAAGUCUCAAGUAUACUUGUCAAUAACUCAUUGCAUGCAGAAAACAUUGGGAAGACUUUUCACAACAUGAAUGCACAUGUGGUUUUUGAGUUUGUUUUUGGUGACAAGGGUGAUAGCAGAGUCAUCAGUUCUAAAUGCUUUCAACAAAAGACAUUGGAAACCAGUUUGCUUAUGGGGAUCCUACUUGAUGUGCUUGAGGAAGUACAAGUUGCAAGGAUGGAAAAUCUGAAUCUAACAUUCUCAACCUUCAGCCAUACACCCCCAGGCCAACUUGAGUUGCAGCUCUGUUUUAUGAAUUUCAAAAACGGCCAGAAAGUGACAUUGAGCAUGGAUAUGUCUGAACUUAAGUGUGCAACCUAUCCAUCGGAGCCUUCUGAACUCAAGUACAAGAUAUGCCAGGCACAGACAACACUAUCUCCAUCACUCUCUGCUAGACUAAUGGCUACGCUACGUAGCCAUCAAGGCAAACGUUUGGUGAUCUUAAGUCUGUGCCGUGCAAUUUCCCUGUUGUUUCAGGACUUACUAGCAAGCUGAGAGGCAUUACAUAUUUGAGGAGAGUGAUUUGCUGCUGCUUGUAUAUAUUUGCUGCUGUUAGGAUCUCAGUUUGAUGGCUUCCAAGUGGUUCUUUCAUAAAGAGUACAUGUCAAAGUAACUAAUCUUUUGGGCACUCGGUAAGAUUUACAUAUUUGAGGCA